CGCGAUUUGCAAUCUGCUGCAGGGGAUGUUGGAUGGCAAAUGGGGACGUUGGGUAUGGCGUUGCUGCUCCGGCGCUUAAUCCUGCUACUUCUUGUCUUCCCACCGUCCGAUGGCGUCAGCCAGUCAUCGUCAUCGUUAUGGCAGAUAGAACUCAGAGAUGAGAAAUGGAGACCGGGAGGGAAUGUAAUGCGUCGGGAACCGGAUUGUGGAGGAAGUGGCAGGCACCGUGUAGAAGCAGGAACACGGUCCGGUACCCCACGGAGGUCCUGGUUGUGGUUCUGGAGCCAAACGACGUCGGAAUCGCAGAGUGAUGGUGGGAGAGGGGCGGAGAGGGGAAUGAGUAGGUGGAUGAGGGUCCCGGGGAUCCAUUGGCAAGCUGCCGCCUCGGCCGUGAGGGCCCAUGUCAGUAGUCAUCGGAGGGAACUGACGGACGACAAGGUCACAGCGAGUCGUGGAUGUGGAGGAGGUGAGAUUGCAGGGGAGGAGGAAGGAAAACUGGAAGGCUUAGCGGGGAGGUCGUCGGUGUCCGGGGCUGAAAGCAGGACGCGAGACGCACGUUUGCUGCCAGUAUCAGCAGACGACAAGCAGCGUAAUGGCGGGGUUGAAGCAGAAGGCACCGACCAGCAGCAGCAGGUUCUGGUAGAGAGUGCAGGUAAGCUGUCGGAUUGCAAUUUCCCGUCAUCGUCACGGAAAGGAAUGGGGAACAGCAGCGAUGGGUGCUUGCACAUGUUGCGGACGACAACAAAGAAGGAGAGAGAAGCAGAAAUAAAGUUUAUGGAGGAAUGGCAAAGCGAUCCCAUAAGCAGAAGCGUAAGGAUGGCGGCGGUCAGUAAGAAUAGCAGAAGAAGGAAUAGGAGGAGCGGGUUGAGAAGAUUGCAAGCGAGGGAGCAGCAGCAGCAGGGGAGAGAAUUUGAGGGGGAAAUCACGCGGGUAUCGAAUGAAGCAGCCCUGCUGGACGCGCUUAUGUCGCCCGUGGGGGCAAUUAAGCCGUCCAUAACGGUUAUAUUGACGACGGACGUGUCGUUCAGGGGAUUCAAUAGGCCAUUGGUGCUGAACAUCGAGGCGAACGUGACGUUGAAGGGUGACUGUGGAGAUCGGCGGUGCGUUAUCGACGGUGCAACGGACAUGCUCCGCUGCUGGAUCCAUGAUGGGCAGUUAGGAUGGGGAUCUUUAGCUAUGUACAACAUCGAGUUUCGAUCCGUUUGCCUGCAAUUUAACAACAGCCGAAUCGAGCUGCACAACUGCGUCUUUGGCAUGGGCUCGGAGCUGUCCAUGGCAUAUCCCCCACUAAUUGCCGGCGAUGGCGACGGCGAUGGCGACGAAGACGACCAUCUCGAAGCCCUUUAUCCGAGGCGUUCGGUGGUGAUCGACAGGUGCUACUUUGCGGAAAUCAAACGGGGGCUGCAAUUGAUCGAGCUCCCACCCUCCGUUUGCAUAUCGCGCUCGGUCUUCUUCUCCCCCAACUGGGAGACGUCGUUAACGGUCUCGUCGACGGGCGUUGGGCAGCAAAAGAGUCUGAGAUUCAUAGACUGCGAAUUUGGACGGGUUGAUGCUAGUGGUAUGUUGAAGACAGGGAACGUCAAGCUGAGUUUAAACCCUGUCUCGAGAUCGUCCUCCCCCUCCUCCUCCUCCUCCUCCUCCCCCUCCCGGCCGUCCUUAUCGAUGCCAUCGUUAACGGGAUUCAGAGGUACGGGCGGCGGCGGCAGCGACGGCGACGGCGACGGGGCUGUCGCUAGCAAGCCCGGUCCCUCAAUGGCGGCGCGGAACACGACAAUAUCGUUCAUAAACUGCACUUUCUACAAAGUGUUGGGCAAUAUCUCGGUGAUUGCAAUGGAGGUCGAUCCUAUCUGGAUGCCGUCGGCACUCGAUGGCGUUCUGUGUCAUCGCGUGCGUUUCUGCGGUGUCAAGUUCCGCCAGAUGCCGGCGGCGGCGGUGGGGGAUGGAGAUGAUGGGUAUCAAGCGUCAUCAUCGUCUCCCGAUGACGUGGACAUGGACGUCGAUCUGUUCAAUCCUAAUCGGACGGUAGAUAUCUUGCAAUGCGUGUCCGGCGGCUAUGGCGCGAUCAUGACGGACAACAUAGUGCGCAAGCGCGUGAGGAGGGCGGGCGUCGCUCAGCCCAUCGUUAACGUCGACAGCUCGCCGGACGCGUGUGCCGAGUGCAGCGGUCUCGGCUCUUCCGUCUGCAACGGCACCCGGAUCCCGAUCGAUCCCACGGCGGCAAGACUCCCUCUUGACCCGCCACAGGUGAUGCCAUCGCCGGGCGGCGACCCCGGAUCCCAAUCGAUCCCGCCGACGUCCGCUCAGCUGCGUGUACCUGAUGAUACGGCGAACGGGGGCGGGGUGGGGAUCAAGCAUAAGAGGGCGGUGGAGUGGGUGUUGCCGGUGGCCAUCUCCGUCCCGACCGGGAGCGUUCUGCUGAUGGUCGCGGUCGCUCUCGCGGCGCUGUCGUUUCGGCGGCGCGGCUCCUUGUUGAGUCGGAUCUUCUGCGGCACGAACUUCAAGGCGGGGGGAAAGGUUCCCCAGGGAGUUCAGCGACUUCGCAGCUUCAGUUACAAGGAGCUGAGCGAGGCGACGAACGGCUUCGCGACGGUUAUCGGCCAAGGAGGCAGCGGAGUGGUCUACAGGGCGACGCUGAAGGACGGGGAGGUAGCAGCCAUCAAGUCGCUGAAGCGCGAGCAAUGGCGAAGCGAGCGGGACUUCUUGCACGAAGUCGACUGUCUCGGCAGAAUCGCUCAUCGUAACCUUGUCAUGCUGCUCGGUUUCUGCAAUGAAAGACAGCGGUACUUUCUGAUCUAUGAGUUCGUUCCCAACGGUACACUAAGGGACCAUCUCGACAGCAAAUCUCCUUCUUCUUUCUCUUCUUCUUCCUCCUCCUCUUCUUUGAACUCGGCAGCAGCUGCUAAUGCUGUUCCUGCUCCUGCUCCUGCUCCUGCUCCUGCUCCUGCUGCCGCUGCGGCGUCGCGCCGUCCUUGUUCGUCAUCCCGCCAUCCUUUUGCGGGAAGAAACGAGAAGUCGAGGGGGGAUUGUUUGCGCGGCGGCGAUCGUCCAUCGCCGCGGCCGUUAGACUGGCCCACGCGCGUGAGGAUAGCACACGAAAUAGCCAUGGCGCUCGAGUACCUGCACCAUUCACUCAAUCCCCCGCUUGUUCAUCGAGACAUCAAGCCGGAGAACGUGCUCCUGCAGGAGGAUUUCACCCCCAAGGUGGCGGAUUUCGGCCUCUGUCGGAAGAUUAACCCCCAGGGGAACAACCUGUUGACGGUGCCCGCCGGGACGGUGGGGUACAUGGCACCGGAGAUUUUCGGCGGAAUGUGUGUCACCGAGAAGAUCGAUGUGUACAGCUACGGCGUCCUCCUGCUGGAGAUCGUCACAGGAAGACGGCCAUUCGCCAAAGACUUCUCCCUGAUCCCGUGGGUCAAGCGCCUGGCCCAAGACGAGGACUCUGCCAAAGCUGUUGCCGACCCCAAGCUUCGGGGGGAGUUCGAUUCCCAUCAGUUGUACAUGCUCACUCUGCUCGCCAGGAGGUGUUUGUACUCCAAGAUGGAACAACGGCCCACCAUGCGCGUUAUAGUCCGUGCCCUUGAGGGAAUCCGAGGCUUGGACAACGAUACCGGCCAGGCGGACGUGCCCGUUGAAGGCAGUCCAUGGCUCUCGGCAUUGUACGUGCCGAAGUCGAAGAAGAAUGGCGGCAGUCGUGCUGGACAUGAUGACGACGACGAUGAUGAGGAUGAUGAUGACGAGGGUUAUGACCACAAGCAGGGGUGGAAGGAGGGGGAGGAGGGGGAGCAAGAGCAGUAUGAGGACGACGAAGAUGAUGAGGACGAAGUUUCAAGUCAGAAGCGGCGAUUAAGUGCGCACGUUCGUAGCGAAACGGAUCAUGGUCUAGGAGCUGUGUCUGGAUCGAGCUCUGCCGACACCUCCACUCUCGGUGGUCGCCGCGGUCUGUCCAUGAAUUCGCUUGGGUUUUCGUCAGAUCCUGCAGGGGCUCUGUCGUCGAGAACCGUCGAGUUGCGGUGAAAGCCAAAGGCCCAAAGCAGUGGCUGAGGGGGCAAGAAAUACUAGUAAAUAUUUUUUGUCUGCGCCUGAGCUCUUCCCCUCGAGCGGCACCACUCUUUAUUAGCCCCCUACCACCCACCACAUGUAUUAUCGUGUCAAUGCAACACUGCUAGUUGCCAUCAUCCUGUUGCUAUCGCCGUCCUCUUGCUGUUGUUCUCACCCGAGGAUGACCAUUACAUGAUACGUAUCCGUUCCACAACCACGAACAUGUUCGUCCUCAUGAUGCCAGAUGUUGUCGUCAUUGUAUGCCGUUCCAAGGUGCCACGUCUUGUCGCUCAUUUUUUUUAAUGCCAUGAUUCACUUGGCAGGUACCCGCUCUUUCUAUUUCCACAUUACGCAGCCAACUCACUGCAGCGGUCACGAUCUUGCUUCGUCUGGAAGAGGAAAAUCGUGGAACAGCCCGACUGCCUGGUCGGCCCGUAAUUAUUCUGUAGCCGUGUAACAGUUGCGUCUCGAUCCGGUCUCUCCUCCUUCUCCCCACUCCUUCCCCCUCUUUUUCGUUCAAUACACAAAUACACGGGUAUCCAUAACAACGCGCGCGCGCACGCACACACACACUCACACGCGCACACACACACACACACACACACACACACGCGCGCACACACACACACACACACACACACACACACGUACACACACAAACACACGCGCACACUCGCACUCACUCAUAAAUACAUGCACACUCAAUACAACAAUGUGCAGACACGCGCACACACGCGCACACACGCACACACAUUGAUGAAACAGUCUGGCACAGUCAUGGAUUUUUUUUGAAGUCGUGCACAGCGAACGUUACACACACACGCUCACAACUGACGAGUCGGUGUCCGAAAAAACAGUAGCGGCACAGUCGUGCUUUUCUUUGUGGAGUUGUGUAUAGCGAGUACGACGACACACACACACACACACAUCAUCAUACACAUACACAUACGCACACACAUCCAUUUCCCCGUUUGGCUGAAGAGAACGCGAGGGCAUGUAUCAAAAGGCGCGCAGGGUAUACAGUUGUCUACGGCAGUGGUACGUUCAUACCGUAACACUGCCCAUCUGUUAAUCUCAGCCGAAUGUGGUCGUCUUUGCAGUUGUGCCCAUCCGUUCUAUUCAGGCAGAGAUGGCAAUGAUCGAUGCUCUCUUAAUGGUUUCGUCCGCUGCCGACAUGCGUACUAGGCAGAUGGUGAUCAGUAACGACAGGGCAAGGAUGUUUUGUCCAUCAUGACUCCAAUGUCCUCCUCUUCGUCCCACACCAACAAUGUGAACGUCUCUUAACGAUUGGUAAGGACAGUGGAAGGGAUCGAGCCCACGCGGACCCCGUUUCUUUUCUUUUCGUUUCGUUUUUCCUUUUUUGUUGUUGUUUUGUCUUCUUACGUGAACCCCCACCUCAUCUCUGAUGAGAUAAUCAUUCCGUGUCCACGUGGCGAUGGGAGGUGGAUGGAUGGAUGGAUGGGUGGAUGGGUGGAUGGUUGAUGGACACCACUCACGCUGGCCGCUUCUUCAGUGAGUUAAGUGUGUAUACCGUUCUGGCCGCUUAUCGUGCCUCAUCGUG